AUGAUCGUAUCAACAGACAAAGAACCCAUCACAAGGAAACAACCAACCCACUUCGUACUCCACUUCGUACCCAACCCACUUCGUACUCAACCCCCUUCGUACCGAACCCACUUCGUACUCAUCCCACUUCGUGCUCAGCCCACUUCAUACUCAACCCACUUCGUACCCAACCCACUUCGUACUCAACACACUUCGUACUCAACCCACUUCCUACCCAACCCACUUCGUACACAACCCACUUCGUACUCAGCCCACUUCGAACUCAGCUCACUUCAUACUCAGCCCACUUCGUACUCAUCCCACUUCGUACUCAACCCACUUCGUACUAAGCCCACUUCGUACUCAACCCACUUCGUACUCAGCUCACUUCGUACUCAGCCCACCUCGUACUCAACCCACUUCUUACCCAACCCCCUUUGUACACAACCUACUUCACACUCAACCCACUUCGUACUCAGCCCACUUCGUACUCAGCCCACUUCGUACUUAACCCACUUCGUACUCAGCCCACUUCGUACUCAACCCACUUCGUACUCAGCCCACUUCGCACUCAACCCACUUCGCACUCAACCCACUUCGUACCCAACCCCCUUCGUACUCAACCCACUUUGUACUCAACCCACUUCGUACUCAACAAGUGAAACACGAUCACGAGUGAAAAAAAAAACGUCUCAGAUUAUUAAGAUGUCCUGA